AUGGAUAAUAUUUUGGGGAAGGUUUUCUCAAGGCCUGCAUAUCCGCUAGGCGAAAAGCCAUUUUCCACGCUCGGUAAACUUAGAAACUGGGCCAAACUCCAGAUUUGCGAGACGGAUGGUAUAGAAGAACUGAGCGACGAGGAAUUACCGAAUGGAGACCGCCGCCGGCUUGUCGUCGUGAAGACACUAUGGCGCGGCUGUCAUAGCGAUGUCAAGCGCCCCCCUAUAAUGCCGAUCGGCUUCCUUUUAGCUACUUACUAUGUGCUGUUGUUCAGGGCGGCGUUUGCCCGCGAAGCUACAUGGGGGGCUGGGUUGAAGCACCCACAACUAGCCAGGGUUCUUGGUCUGAGCCUCCUAGAGCCUCCAUGCGCGGCACUCGACCGCGGCGAUGCAGUACCUCUGACGACUAUAUUGAAGACGGAACGGAGAUUGAAUUAUUCGAGUUUGAUACACAUAUGCUGCCAAAUAGCGAACGGCAUGAAGUAUCUGGAGUCAUUCGAGUUAGUACACAGGGAUCUCGCAGCAAGAAACGUGACAGUCACAAACGACCUGCAUAUUAAAGUAUCCGACUAUGCAAUGUUUUGUGAAGAAUUUAUCGGCGACUACCAUAUUAUGGCGAAUGGUACCCGAGUACCACUUCGUUGGAUGGCUUGGGAGAGUCUCCUUAUGGGUAUGUGCUCUCCAGCCAGCGACGUUUGGUCCUUCGGUGUGACCGUUUGGGAAAUCCUCACAUACUGUGUAGCAAAACCUUUCGAAGAAAUGAACGAUGACCAAGUGGUAGCAAACGCGAGUCAGUGGCGCUGUGGAGGCCGCGGGGCUCGUGUCCCUGCUGCCCCCCCACCACGAUGUCGACGGGAGUUAUACGAUCUUAUGCAUGAAUGCUGGCGGCGCGAACCAAUGCAACGACCGCGCUUUAACGACUUACACCGCUUCCUCGAACGAAUGACUCACGGCUAUAAACCACCGAUACAACGAAACUAA